AUGGCGAUGCCGAACGCCUCGACAGGGACAUCAGCUCCUGCGGUCAUUCGUUCGUCCUCUCGUGAACGUCACCAGAGCAAUCGUUCAGACCAUUCUUCAUCACCGGCGACCAUUCGCACUGUGGCUUCCUUCUCUGUCGCCAAUCAAGCCUCUUCAAGCUCUCAAUCCGCCACGGUCGAAGGGUUCCUCGCAGCCCACGCUCAUGUCUCGGAUUCUACUCUCGCCGCACUUGAAGCUGCGGUUGCUGAACGAAAUAAUCUGUCGACGCAGAAUGCUCAGCUGUGGAAGCUCAUCGAGAAGCAGCGGUCUGGUUACGGCCAACUUAUGAAAGAGCUGGAGCGUGUACGUGGUGAGCGCGACGCGUAUCGAAGUAGGCUGCAGGAGGUGGGCGAGAACACAGACACACUUUUGCGUGCAUAUCGAGAAAAAGACAAGCGGGACGGUAAGGGCGGUCUCCGGUCAACAGCAUCACAUACGCACUUGAGGAGCAGCGAGAGCAGUACGUCCAACGCGCCUGAGCCAAGGACUCACAUGGUGCGCACGAACUCAGAUGAUUCAGCUGCUCGUGGCCAGCACUUGCACCACUCUCACUCGCAAGACCAUGUAUCACGCUCGCAGCCUACAUUACGUGAACAAUAUAGCUCGCAAACGACCUUGAAUAUACCCGCGUCCAACUCCCGUUCUUCCUCACUUGCACCAUCACCUCUUUCAGCUCAACCAUUGUCAUCUUCUGAUUCCGUAACCUCAUCCCCUCAAGACGGGAUUGCCGAGGGUCACUCCGCUAGCACCAUAACAACUAGCCCCACACGAGAGACCUUCUCUGUUUCCGUCCGCCCGUCUCUUGAUUUACCACCUCCGUCUUCUGCAACUACUCAGCGUACCGUUCCACUCAACGCUGAGCCCGGUGAUCCUGUAUUAGGUCACUGGCAACCGGGACCUCGUCCAUCUCUUGAAGCUAUUCGACCUAUUAUACAGACAACAAUGGCACCUCACACCCCUUCGCAAAAUGUCCUACCGCGGGACGAAUCUCCCGCGCGUACCCCGCGUCUACAACCACAGAUACCAUUAUCAUUGCAACCUCGCCAGCCGUCGCCGGAGAAACCAUCAUCGUCCUCCAAUUCCCUCAGUCCACUCGUAAACGGCGACUCUGCGCGAGGACCCUUUGCGCUAUCUCGUGAGUCGCGUAUAUCUCUGCCUGAAGAGGCGAAGCGAUACUACGCGAACCUGGGCGAUUCACCCAUUUCCAGUCCGAGUAUUAGCGCAAAUGGGUUUCCUUACGUUUCAGGCCAAAAUUCACCAGUCAAGAAUCAGAUGUCCCAAAUUAUUGAAGCUACAGAGUCUAUGCGAAGCCAAUCGGGUACACCUUCGGCCGCAAGCACCAACGAUGGGCGGUCUGGAGGCAAGUCGACAGGCGAUGAGGGUGCCCCGUUUUUAGACAUGGAAGAUGGGGACAGUGUGUACUCUAGCCGUGAUGGCAGGCGCAAGUCGGGUGUUGACGAUACCGAUGAUGGCAUGGACAACGGCGUGGACGACAUAGAGAUGCGGAGAAGUCACGAUGGGAGCAAGGGUGCUGCUGUCGAAGAUUUUCCACUACCACCUUCGACCAUUGGGUAUGCGACCGCUCCUGGCCAAUCGCAAUUGUCUGCGCUGCCUCCACAGCCUAGCACACCGGUCUCCCCGUUCCCACUCGUAUCUGGAGAACCGCACAUGACGUUCCGCGCACUCCCCUUGCUCGCAUCCGACUUGCCUUCGACGGACAUCCAUGUGGUCAACUCGACGAUUCGACCAAAUGACCGGGGUAAAGAGGUACUAUCUUUCGUCAUAUCUGUCAGUCCAGGUAGAGGUAAGGACCCAUGGAAAGUGGAGAAGAUGUAUAGUGAUGUAUUGGGUCUUGACGCACGGGUACGCGCGCGAGUGGGGAAGAGCGUCAUCAAGAAGAUGGUAACACUGCCCGAGGGAAGGAUGUGGCGGGACCACGCUCCAGCGAAGGUGGACCAGCGGAAGAAUGCCCUCGAGCAAUACUUACGGUCUUUGAUCGCCCUGCCUGUCAAGAACAAAGACGAAAUCAUUGCGUUUUUCACAUCUGAUAUCGUCCGCGAGACCCAAAAACCCGUGUCGCAGGCAGGCUACAAGGAAGGUUAUCUGACAAAGAGAGGCAAGAACUUUGGUGGUUGGAAGUCGAGGUACUUUGUACUGCAGGGACCUUCCUUGGAAUACUACGAAAGUGUAAGCAGAACGUUCCUCUGCCUCUCUAUGUCCUCGCCUGUGCACCGUGGGGGCGCGCACUUAGGUUCCAUCACGAUCACCGGUGCCCAAAUCGGCCGCCAGCAGCGGGCACCCGAUAGGCGGGAAUCGGACGAAGACAAUGAGUAUCGCCAUGCCUUUCUCAUCAUCGAAGCUAAGCGGGGGCCAGGGGGCUCUAGUUCCCGACACGUUCUCUGCGCUGACAGCGACCAAGAGCGCGAUAACUGGGUUGAGGAGCUCGUGCGUUAUGUGACUGGCACUUACAGCGAAGACCAAGUCGCCGUUAUCCAGCAGAACGGGAUGCAUACUGUCGUUUCGAGCAGUAACACAUCCCAGAGUUCUGCUGCUCAACCGCGUUCGAGCUCGAGUUCCAGCUCGAACCAGCCUGUCGAUGUUCUCAGCACGCCUGUUCGCCGUACACGUGAUACCGUAAAGCCUGCUACAACACCCGCAAAGAUCACUACCGACGUGAGCAAUGGGAAGCUGUACCCCGUCACUUCGCAAGAUGAUGUAGUCGGUCCAGGAUCGGUCGCCCCAUCGCCCAUUGAUUAUAUAUCUCUAGAAGGGCCAAUAUCCAACUCAUUACCGACGGCAUCGCCGCUGGGAGCCGAAGACGUGGAUGUCUUGAAUUCUGUAUCUCAGCGAGCCAACUCUGAGCUUGGACACUAUCCUGACUUGGUAGAUCCAAGGGCGGCGUUUGGUAAGGCGGUGGUUCAUUCCCCUGAUCAACCCCGAAAGAAGGUUCGACGUAUGUCCGUCAACCCUCUGAAGGCGACGAUUCCAGAGCGGACACCGUCUCCUGAAAAGGACGCUGCGGCUAGUACGCCUCGUGUGGAUGCCCAUGGGAAGGUCAAAAUCUCAGCCCCAAUGAACGGUACGCCAAUACCCGCUGGCUACAAAUUCGGCGGCAAGGAUGCGCCUUCAGAAGCGUCCACUGCGAGCAGUGACAGGAGGGAAAAGGCCAAGUCACGCACGUUCUGGGGCUUUGGACGGCAUGACAAACCCAACACGCCCGCGAUGAUUCCGCGAGCGGUGUUCGGUGUCAGUUUGGACGAGUCGCUCGAUGUCGCGCAGAUUGCGAGUCUGCCUGCUAUUGUUUUCCGGUGUAUACAGUAUCUGGAGAUCAAGAAGGCGGAGCAGGAAGAAGGCAUCUACCGGCUGAGCGGUAGCUCUGCGGUCAUCAAGAGUCUCAAGGACCGGUUCAAUACAGAGGGCGACGUUGAUCUACUAAGUUCUGACGAAUACUGGGAUCCGCACGCUAUAGCUGGUCUGCUGAAAACGUUCCUGCGGGAGCUACCAGCGAGUAUAUUGACCCGUGACCUGCACCUCCGUUUCCUCUCUGUGAUUGACUUCGUCGAUCCGCAGGAGCGGAUAAGGGAACUCUCCCAUCUCAUCGCGUCAUUGCCCAUCGCCAACUAUAGCCUGCUUCGCGCGCUCACUGCGCACCUCAUACUGAUCGUCCAGAACGCGAACGUGAACAAGAUGACGAUGAGGAACGUUGGUAUUGUGUUCAGCCCGACGCUGGGGAUCCCCGCGGGGGUUUUCAGUCUGAUGCUGGGGGAGUUCAAACGUGUGUUCAACGUCGAUGGCACGUUGGAGGAAGGCGAGACGAGCGCCGCGGACGACGAGGAGGAGCAGGAGGGGGGCGCGAGCAUUGAUCGUCGGAACAGCAGGCGGUACACAGAUGCCGCCGCGGACCAGCUCUUGGGGCUGUCGGGUAGAACCUUACCAGCCGCGGAAGAUGGCCCCUCAGACGACGGGGAGGAAGCGUCCGUCAUCGAAGGAAGCACGGAAGACGACGUGACUGAGAACGAGUCGGACGUCGUGGGAUCCUCGGCGGCGUCGAGCUCUGCGCACCUCCUGCCGGGCGUGAGCCACGGGGAGGGAUUGCAGUCGCCGGAAGCGGAGGGGGGGCUGUCGCCGACGGCGGCGACGUCACGCUCGCGCGCGGCACAACACGCGGCGACGCGGGGCCUGAGCGUCGCUGUGACGGACAAGGAGAGCCACAGACGGAGUGGGAUCGUGGGCCUGCCGGUGUCGCCUAGGCCGAGUCCGCGGAUGGGCGUGAACGGAGCUCCUUCGCCCGUCGUGUCUUCUCCGCUGGCGACGCCGAAGUAG